CCCCGGGGGGCAUGCCAAUUUGGGGGAACUCUCACUCAGCCCGUGCUCGCCGCUCGUGUGGCCACGAACGAUGAAUCCCAAGCCAUGCCUCGCUCUGGCACAAGUCGUAGCCGCGCACGUGGAACGUGAGAGACAAGCUCAAGUUACCUGAGCUCACUAGAACAGGCACAGCCGUGGCCGCGGAAAGAGGGAUCGCACGAAAUGGAGCUCUCGCCGGCGCCGGCGGGGAGGUGGGCCGACCUCCCUGAGGACAUCGCCCUCGCUGUUGCCUCCCGUCUCCAGGAAGCCGACGUGUGCGCGCUCGGCGGCUGCUCCCGCUCCUGGCGCGCCGCCUGCGACGCCGACUGCGUCUGGGAGCGCCUCUUCCGCUGCCGCUGGCCGGCCGCCGCGGCGGAAGCGGCAGUAGCGUCCCGUGUGCAGGGACGGAAAGCUCUCUACAUCAACCAACACAGAAGAAUGAAUGUUGCAAUAUCUAAUGUGGUUGAAUUUGUGGGGAGCAGCUUAAAUAACGGGUGGCUUGAAUCUGAAUGUUAUUUGAAAGCUAUUGCUGAUCUGGCGUUGACGGCUGAUAUAGGAUUUCUCGAUGUCCAGUUUUUCUUGUUUUCAAGGAAUCAUAGUGCAAUAAUAAACCUCAUUGGAUUGCACUUCUCAAUUGCAUCUUUGCAUGUGCCGAUGCCGUUGACCAGAACAAUCAAACCAAGCUUUGGGCUACUCAGAAAUGUAGUUCUGACACGAGCUUUGUCUUUUUUUAGCCAAUUGAAGUCAGUAAAGCACUCCAAGCUCGCCAAGUAGCAGGAAGGAAAGUAUGUGUGAACUUGCUCAAGCUUGGUAGGUGGUUCUAUGGUUUCAGAUUGCCUGAUGAACACGAGUCUCAUAAAAUCUCUCUGAGUGAGCUCACCAUGGCUGAGGGAGCAGAAAUUCUAGCCAUUCUUAACCGUGGAGCUGUUCACGAGGUAUUUCGCCUCCAGAUCAGUUGGGGGACAUAGAUAAGUGGCAUAAAAGUAUGCACACGACAUUACCAUAAGUACUUGCUCUAUCGUGCCCUUUGUAAAUAUGUAUAACUUUUGUCAUGUGAUUCCCUCGUGGCUUUGCUUACUUGUAAAUGCAAGCAUAGGGAUAGAUGGAAGUGCGGAACCAUGUAAACUUCUUGCAACAUAGUCAUGUAUAAAAUAAAUAAUAAAGCCUAGCCAUGUGUACACAUUUCAAUAAAUGAUAAGCUCUGUUGAAUCUUUUCUA